AUGGAACUUGAUGAUAUAAUUUAUGUUGCUUGUCUGCUGACCUGCAUAGGAGCCGGGAAUUAUGUGAAGAAAAUACCCGAUGAAACCCAAAGGAAAUUCUUAAGUACAGGAUUUGGUCUGUUAAUGGUGUUCCUGGUAUCGGGAUGGCAUACAUUGCAUUGUCUAAUAUCGGCAGGUUUGGGUGCGGCAGCCGUAAUUUAUGUCCACCCUAGCAAAUGCCAUUUGGCGGCCUUUGUUGCCAUGUUUGGUUACUUGAUGUUUUUCCGUUUAAUGGAUUCAUUUGGUUUCUCCGAGCCACCCAGUCAUACGAAUAUGAUACAAAUGAUUUUGACCUUGAAGGUGGCUGGUAUUGGUUUUGAAAAAACUGCCUCCUGGAAGAAACUUCAACAGCGUGAAAAAGAACAAACUGACAAACAAACCGGCACGGGAGAAACUGGUCAAUUGGUUGAAAUUACCGAUUAUGAUGUAGAAAUUCAAUCAAUUAACAUAGUAGAGUUAUUCCAUUAUACUUUCAACUAUAUUGGCAUACUUACGGGUCCUUAUUAUCGCUAUCGCACCUAUCGUGACUAUUUCGAAACGCCCUUUAAAAAUUAUGCUCCCAAUGUACAGGCCACCUUGGAUAAGCUUAAAAGUGCUGGUAUUUAUUGUGUUUUAUAUCUGGUAGCAAAUUAUUUUUAUCCUUUAAGUUACGCCCUAAGUGAUGAAUUCUAUACACAACGUUCCUUUUUCUAUCGUCUAAUGUAUGUGUGGCCCACAUUUUUCAUAUUCCGUAUGCGCAUGUAUACCGGUCUUACGUUAAGUGAGUGUGUCUGUACUAUGGCAGGCUUUGGCGCGUAUCCCGAUGAAUCAGAUGUGGCCAACGGUGAAGGUCCUCGUAAACAAUAUCAGCAUUUGAAACGUGAUGCCGAUAAGAGAACGUAUAACUUUACCUCAAUAGUUAAUACGCGUGUCAUGAACGUGGAGAAAUGCUGGACCUUCCGUGAGGCCAUGAAACAUUGGAAUAUUUGUGUACAAUAUUGGUUGGCAGUGAAUAUAUACAAGUUGUUCCCUAGCAAGAAAUAUAGAACUGCUGCCACACUACUCUGUUCUGCCUACUGGCAUGGUUUUCGUCCGGGUCAUUAUUUCUGCAUAAUGGGUGCUCCCUUAUAUGUGCCCCUUGAAGAUAUGUGGAAUAGUUUAGUGCGCAAAGACGCUACUGGCCUGCAGCGCCAGAUAAUUGAUGUUUUAUUUUGGAUUUCGAAAUUUUUUGCUUUCAGUUAUUUAGGCACCGCUUUUCUUCUGGUAUCCUUUGGUAAUAUAUGGAAAUUCUAUAGUUCUGUUUAUCAUAUUGGCUAUAUAGGCUGGGCUGUAAUGAUGGUUUUGGGUAUUUAUUUGACAAAACAAAAGAAGGCUGCAGAGAAAGGUAGAAAACGUGCCGAAGAUCAACAAGCUGGUGGCGAGUCACGGAAUGAGCACAAAACAAAAGUACAAUGAGUUAACAAUGUAUUUUAAUGAAUGUCUUCUAGCAACAAUCUUCGUUGUUGUGUUUUUUUUUAGCAAAUUGCGUUUUAUACUUUAUUUUUUUAUUAUUUUUUUAUACUUUUUUUGUAAACAAACAUUCGCACAAAAUGUUGUUGUUUUUUUAUUUGGUGUCAUUUAAAUUAUAGAUAUUAUAGUUAUUACAGUUUUUUUUAAACACCUUUUUUUAUAGAAAAUUUAUUAGCUUUUUAGCAGGUUUUGUUUUUGUAUACUUACGUUUAAUUAAAUAAUCAUUAUGAAUAUUAUUAAUAUUGGCUUAAUUUGUUUGCUUAGAAUUAAAAAAAAUGUAUAAUUUAUUGUUUAAUUAAAACUAGUCUUUAGGCACUCAAUACAAUACUUUUGUAUUUUAAUACAAUCAUUUGGGUUUUGUAAAAAAUAACAAUUCGAAUUUUGCAACAAUACAUAAUAUAGAGUUAAGAUAAAAAUUUAGUAUAAUUAACUAACCGCCCUAUUCUGGUUAUCGAUUCUUUAACCUUAACGCUCUUAAUAAAGUUAUUGAUUCAGUA